CUCCUCCUCCUUCCUCCUGAUUGGCCAGAGGGGAGGGCUAGGCCACACCCCUUCAGCAUGAAAUCCAGCCACCUUUCCUCCUGGCUCUCAUAACCCUGUUGUUUUCAGCUCCAGAAGGAGAUCUUUCCUCUCUUUCCUGGAGCCAAGCAAUCUUCUCCUGGUUGGCAAGAUUCAGUCUGCACCUGCUUUCCGUGCUAGCCCUGGGCAGCGUGAGGAAGAGGUGGCCAUGCCUCUGAGAAGGUGCAGAGUGCAUUUCCUUGGCUAGCUACAGAGAGUCUCCACACCGCAGCUGUUAAGAGGAAGGGUCUCAUUUCUGGAGCCUGUUUAGAAGCUGAGCAGAGCCAGGGUUGAGGGGGAACCCCAUCCCUCCACCCUCACUUCAGAAUACCAGCAGGAGCUGCUACUCAGAGCUGUUGGGCGUCGUGACUGUCAACAUGCGGCUCACCCUCGUGUGGAUCCCAGCGCUUCUUAUGGGGAUCUCCUGCUCAGCUACACCAAGAAGCCUGAAGAUUGAGUACUGCAUCAGCUAUUGGGCAAAGAACAUCACUUGCUUCUGGGAUCCCGGGCUAGAGACGUACCCCUGGACGACCUACACCCUCCACAUUACAGAACAAGCAGGGCACUGUCGGAGGGAUUUUGGGCAGCCCUGGAGAUGCGUCGCCCUCCAGGGACAGCGUUCGUGCGGCAUCCCGGUGGAGAAUCUCUUUGCCUUCUUCAAAAUCAAGCUCACGGCAGGGUGGCAGUUUGGCCAGGCUAGCUCUUCGGAGGAGUGCGUUCAUGGAAUGAGCAUCGUGAAACUGAGUCCACCGCAGCUGACAACCAUCACUGCAAACAACAGCCACUGCUUCCAGCUUGAGUGGCACCUGCCCGGCAAGGAACUGGUAUCCGCCUCCGAGGCCCGAUACGAGAUCCGAUACCAUGACUUGGCAGAGAUGUCCUGGACGCAGGUGAAUUUCACUGCUGAUGAGAAUGAGGCCACCUUUGCCAACAUCUGUGGGGUCGCCCCCUUCACCAACUACUCCGUCUGCCUGCGUGCAAAAUACCUCCACAACUCUUCCUUCCAAAGCGGCAGGGAACCCUUCUGGAGCGACUGGAGUCCUGAGGGCUUCGUGAGGACCCAGCCUGCAGUUCCAUCCAGCGGUCCAGCGCUCUGGAGGAAGCUGGGACUUCCCGGUGCAAACGGAGACAGGGAGGUAGUCCUGAUGUGGAAGCCAUUGAAGCCAAAGGAAGCGAAUGGUGAGAUCCUAGCAUAUAGCCUCUACUCCCAGAGCAAAGGGCAGUCAGCCGUCCCACAAUGUCUCACUCAAGACUUGCAGUGCAGGCUCUUCCUGCCAGCCGAAGAGGAAGUGAACUUCUUCCUCACCGCCACCAACUCAGUGGGUACGUCUCCUCCAACCAAGCUUGUGGUCCUGCCAUCCAGUAGCCAGAAAGCACCACCUUCCCCACUGCCAGUCCUCGUAUCUUCAGCAGGUGACCAUAGCCUCCUCUUGCAGUGGUCCCGUCUCAGUUUUCCGAGGAUGAGUUACGUGUUCGAGUGGCGACGGCUACCCAGGAAACUGGACAAUGACAUUUGCUGGGAUUUUCAGCGAGGGAACAUCGAUCAUGUGAUAAUUACAGAGGCAAUUGAGCCAGGAUACCUCUACAGCCUGAAGAUCUUUGCCCUCAUUGAUGGCAAUGUGUGGGCUUUGGGGUCAGCCAGUGCCUACUCAAAACAGAUCGCUCCGUUUCGUGCUCCAGCAUUAUAUCCGGUCCGAGUAUGGAAAUCCCAGGUUGAGGUGCAAUGGGAGAAAAUUCCCCUGGAGGAACAGGGUGGCGUGAUCCGGAACUACACCCUCUGCUAUGAGGAAGAGGGGAAGGAUAACCCAUCGACAUUGGUGUUGGACAGUUCCGUUCAUCACUACCUCAUUGAGGGCUUGGCACCUGGAUCUGUUGUCAGGGUCUCCAUCAUGGUCACCAACGAGGGGGGAAGCACGAAGGGGCCCGACCUCCCCAUCCGCACCAGGAACCAUGAUUAUGGUGAAGCAGAACUGUGGCUCUCCGUUCUUUUGGUGGGAUUCCUCUUCCUCGCUGGAGCCUUAGCCUGUCUCUUCAAGCAACGAUUGCUGCAGAACUCCCUGUGGCCCCAAAUCCCAGACCCAGCAAAAAGCAACCUGGCUGUAUGGAUACCACCCAAAAUGUGCCCGGACUUCUCCUCCUGUGGUCCAGAGAAAGGAAGCCAAGGUUACCUGGGUCUGACCAUGGGCGGCGUCUUGAGAGUCCUUCCUUCCAGGCAGAAGGAAGAAGAGCAAAAGCUCUUUCUUGGACACACGUGGUUGCUUGAAGUCGCCAACGGCUCACACAAGUACCCCCUUCCCACCCCUGCGCUAGGAAACGGGCCCACCCCCCAGGAAAACAGAAGGCUGCUCCAGAAACACACAGUGUCCUGGAACAGGGUGGAAUACUCAAGAGUAGUUGUGAUCCAAAAGGAGAGUGGCUUAAAAGAGCAAUGGUCAGGUUUUCAUAAUUUGUGGUCCCUUUCCAGACACCAGGAUCUUGUGAGGUCCUGCUCAGGACCCAGAUUUAGCCAAGGGGUUUGGCUCCAAAAUCUGACCUACGAGGCCCUCUUAGACGUUAGCUUGUGCAACAGGGUGCUAGAAUCGACAAGGGAGUUUCCUCUCCUGCUGGGACUGGUGGCGGUGGACGGAGAGCACCAUCCUGCCGACAGCCCACGCAGGACCCCUCAGGAAAGAAACUAGUGCAUCUUGCAAGAUCCUUGUAAGACCUUAGACUUGAACUGUCCAGCAGGUUGGGUUUAGCAAAGUUAUCUUAAAAUGGACUCUGGCAAGGUGAGCUGAGGUGUCAAGAAAGCCGCAGAGGAACUGGAUCUUGCAGGACCUCAUCUGAUUUGCAAGGGGAAAGCACACCUCAAGUCAACAUUUAAUGAAAGGGUGGUCAAAGGGGAAACAUCCGAAUCAGAGCAAAGAUGAUGUAAUUAUUUAAAACAUAUAAAUGUGUA